CAGUCACGUGAUUUUUAUGUCAUAUUUGUCCCUGGUGGUUAACGGUGUUAGCUGCUGAAAUAGCUGCUCCUUUUGUAACUUGUUUUCUUCCAUAAACAAACAAUCAUGGAAAUCGGGACUGAAAUCAGCAAGAAGAUAAGAGCUGCUAUCAAAGGCAAACUUCAGGAGCUCGGUGCAUACAUUGAUGAAGAGCUCCCUGACUACAUUAUGGUGAUGGUGGCAAACAAGAAAACCCCCCAACAGAUGACUGACGACCUCUCCCUUUUCCUGGGAAACAACACUUUUAAGUUCACAACCUGGUUACAUGGUGUUCUGGAGAAAUUAAGAUCUGUUGCAGGAGAGCCUGCAUCCCUCAAACACCAGCUGCAGUCUGACGGUGCUACCGUGGCUGGAAAGAGUCGAUUGUCUGUGGGUGAAAACGGCAGAUCAGAGGAGUCGAAGGUGCUGACGGUGUCCAGCUCACGCUCUGAUAGGACGGAAGCACGCGUGUCAAGUUCUGCUCAUGAAAGCAGGAAGGGCAGCUUGGAAAAGAGUUCCUCUCGGCACACCUCCGCCGUGAAGCCCCUCAUGGAGCCGCUGCCCUCAGAGGCCGUUAUUGACAUCAAACCAGAGAUGGACGACGACCUCAUUGCCGAGGAACCCGUAGAAAUCGGCUCCAACCACAGUCGUGCACACAGUCGACCCACCGCUGAGAUCUACAGACCCGGUCAGAGCAAGUUUACAUCAGCGAGCUCUGCGGCCAUGUACCGGUCCGCAGAAGGAUCCUCCCAAAGCAGGCAGCAGGACGGCAGGAACAGCAGGACCUCCAGAUCUACCACCAGCAAGCAAGAAGAGUUGUCACGGAAGCGGAAGGCGCCAGUAGCCAGUUCUGUGGUACGAGUGAACCGAGAAGCAGACGAAGACAGUGAUGACGUUGAAGAAGAAGAUAGGAGUUAUGGAGGCAGAGGCGUGUCCAGCAGAGUGUCUCUCCCCUCCAAACCAGAGCGGAAACCUACUCUCCCACCAGCCAAACAAGCCAACAGAAACCUGAUCCUGAAGGCCAUCUCUGAGGCGCAGGACUCCAUCACCAAAACCACAGCUUACCCAACAAUACCGCAGAGACAGACGGUUCCCGUGGCGCCUCGUACUCGUCUGGCCAGCAGUGAAGAGAUGACUGCAGCCAUCCAGCUGGUACAGGAGCACCUCCACAGCCUGGCCCCCAGGAUGCAGCCGUACGCCUCCACAGACCUACCUCCCUCCAGAACACCUGUUCAAGCCAGAUCAUUAGCUUCACGCCUUCAGCUGGAGAGUAAUGAUGGAAGAAACCAGAAUGAAUACGGUGUGGAAGUGUCUGCAGGCGGUGAAACAAAGGCCUUUGAUACUCGAUCCUUCAUAAUGAGUCGACUGCAAGUGGAAGAACCUUCGGUCAGAAGUCGUCUUCAGGUCAAAGAUGAAGUCCAGUCUGCUUUACCGAGGACUGUCCAAACCAGCAAAGAGAGAGGCGACUCUGCCAGCCCCAAGUUCAUCGUGACGUUAGACGGAGUGCCGAGCCCUCUGGGCAACAUGGCCGACUGUGACGUGGAGCUGGAUGAUGUCAGACCACCGCCGAAGGUCACCGAGGCAACCAGCCUCGUCCACAGAGAGCCCAAAGUCAGCGUCCUUCACCGGCUACAGGGAGCAGUCACACCACCAGAAGAUGACGUGAUGGACACUGAGAUGGCCGAGGAGGAGGAGGAGGACGGCACCCACUUGAAGAAACAGAAAGUCAUGGAGCGCUGCAAGUUCUGGCCGGUCUGUAAAAGUGGAGAUGAGUGUCUGUAUCAUCACCCAACGACACAGUGCAAGACUUUUCCCAACUGCAAAUUUGGGGAUAAAUGCCUUUUUGUGCAUCCAAACUGCAAAUAUGAUGCCAGGUGCACCAAACCAGACUGUCCCUUCACUCACGUCAGCCGCAGAGGCCCUGCAGCUCCUCCGCCCAGACCAGCGGUGCAGCCAGUUCAAACCACUAGCGUGUGUCGCUUCUUCCCAGAGUGCAAGAAGAUGGACUGUCCAUUUUAUCAUCCCAAGCCUUGUCGCUUCGCGACGCAGUGCAAGCGAGCUGGAUGCACCUUCUACCAUCCGACCACAGCCGUGCCUCCAAGACACGCGCUGAAGUGGAUAAAAACACCGAGCAGCUAAUUAACUCAGAGAGUCUGACUGAAUCUUGAAGGUCAACGUGUGAAGAUGUGAAAGAUGUUUUUCGUCUCCGUCUAUGGAUUUUCUUUAUUAGAUUCAACCAUCUCUUCAUUUGCUUUUAAUGUAAUGUUUGGAGUUAUUUUUAAGGAAGAUGUUUUGUAAGUCGAAAAAGUCGAAUUUUUCUUGAUGCGCUCAAAAUAUUAAAUUCUCCAUGGUUAAGUUCA